CUGCUGCUGCUAUCAGCUACCAGCUAUCAGCCGAGCCUCUGGAGUUAGCUAAGAAUCUAGCCAUGAGCUAACAAAUAGCUCGCUAAGUCUUUUAAAUUUCGCCUCCAAAAGUCGUCAAACUCUGUGCCGAAGGGUGAGCACGGUUACAGUGACCGGUAUUAUCAUUCAGCCCUUUGUUGCCGCUGCCAUCCAGACUGUUUUUUCCCCUCUUCAUUUCACAAUCCUCCCCUCCACCUUGAACUUCCUCCCUGCUACGCUCGAAUCUCUCUGUACACGGAGCCAUGGCAGCUGCGAAGCCAAAGGGGCAGAACUCUCUUGCCCUCCACAAAGUGAUUAUGGUGGGCAGUGGAGGAGUGGGCAAAUCAGCCCUCACUCUGCAGUUCAUGUAUGAUGAGUUUGUUGAAGACUAUGAACCGACCAAAGCAGACAGUUACAGGAAGAAAGUAGUGCUGGAUGGUGAGGAGGUACAGAUUGACAUCCUUGACACAGCUGGACAAGAGGACUACGCAGCCAUCCGGGAUAACUACUUCCGCAGCGGCGAAGGUUUCCUUUGUGUAUUUUCCAUCACUGAACUGGAAUCAUUCGCAGCAACAGUCGACUUCAGAGAGCAGAUCCUGCGAGUGAAGGAGGAUGAGAAUGUUCCCUUUCUCUUGGUUGGCAACAAGUCCGACUUGGACGACCGACGGCAGGUUAGCGCGGACGAGGCGAAGGCACGCGCCGAGCAGUGGGGCGUGUGCUAUGUGGAGACUUCCGCUAAAACCCGUGCCAAUGUCGACAAGGUGUUCUUCGAUCUGAUGAGAGAAAUCCGGGCAAGGAAAAUGGAGGACAGCAAAGAGAAGAACGGGAAGAAGAAAAGUAAAAGUUUGGCCAAGAGAAUUAGAGAGCGAUGCUGUAUUUUAUAGUGGUGAGAGAGAGCAGGACGGCUGCUUGUGUACAUAUACAUUUCUCAGACUUUUACAUUUAUUUUGUGCUCAAACCUGACCAUGACUUUCUGUUCCUGGCUAACAGGACAUCUGACCGUGUGUCAGGAAGUAGUAAGGUGGCACUUCAUACACCAUUUAUAGCUCUAACUUUUUAUGUGCUGACACUCCAAAUAAUUACGUACUCUCUCUCUCUUACUCUGGCCACGUAACAGAGUGUAAUGAAUGGAUGGUGUUUUUAAUUUAGGCCUGAGCUUGACAAGAGGCUAAGCCCUGAAAUGUUACACAACCUUUCAUUGUAAAGUUUAAUGUGUAUAAUAUAUUCAAGACUACUGUGCAGUGUGAGUUUAAAAGGAAAUAAGGAAUUAUAAAGUGGCAGAGCCAAGAUUUUAAUGGGUGUAAAAUAGAACUGGAAACUCCCACUUUGUUUAUUUUGUCCACGUCAGUCUUUGGUAGGAAAUGUAAGUGAACACCCGUCAGUGUAGUGUCAACCCCAAAUUCAUCAAGUGCCACCAAGAAAAAGUACAUUGCACUGGUAAAUAUUGGAAGCAUUUUGUCAGAAAAUCAUUGCAUAACCUAAGCCACAGAGGAAAUUUGAUGUCAUCUAUAUGUCAUUUUUACACCUCUAUUUAAUUAUGUGCUGUGGUUGCCAACACUUAUUUUUAUCUCCACAGCCAAGCCCCCUCUUUACUCCUCCUCUUUCAUACAUCCAGUUUAAAACAAGUACACUAAUGUUUUUUGUUUUUUUUCUCCUUUUCCAGUCACCUUUCUUAGUCAAAUGCACAAGCAACAUUGAUCAUGACUCUUGAAUCUGUUCGGGAUUUUUACAACACUUGAAAAUGUUUUUUUUUCUUCUUUUUUUUUUUAAUUGUAACAUUUCAGAAGUUUUACCUCACUUUGGCUUUCAUAGCCUUCCUUUGGAAUCCUUGGUGCUCUGAUAAAAGGUGAUUCCAAAACACUACAUCCUUCACAUGCCCUAUUUAAGACAUCUCGAAUAAUAAUAAUAAUUAUAAUUAUAAAAAAGAUAAAUAAAUUUCUUCCAGGCAGUAAAAUAUUUAUUUUUGUCAGUGUCCUGACUCAGACUGUAGUUCCUGUGUUUUAAAUUUAAGUAACAAAGGCUUAAAAGAAGUGGUAAAAAGUGGAACCUGUCCUGCCCAAGAGGUUCUCUCAUCACCAAAGAAAUAUGCUAGCUAUUUCAAACAAGUGCCCACUUUUUUUAUUGAAGUGAAUGACAACUUGGUAUGGAGAACUUCAGAAGAAAGCACUGCAGUGUUGGAGUGCGACAGCUGUUUCUAUUUAGGCAAAGGUGUGUCAUGAGUGGAGCAGGGAUUGUAGGCAAAUGGACAGGGGAAGAAAUGCAAAGUUACGAGGGCUUGCUUUAGUAAUUUCAUGUACAGCGCGCGUCACUGUUGCUUCUCUGUCUGUUGUGAAUAUGAAUAAUCCCCACAUGCUUGUCCUGUGAUCCCCCAAUGAUGUGCAGAGUUCAGUGGUAAUUCUACUUUUGUUUACCUUUGUUACAUCCCCCCCGUGUUUCACUGCUGUAGUGACUUCUUAGCGAAAUACCUAAUGUCCGUUUGGUCUUGCUCACGUAGCUUAAAGCAGCAUAACAACUGGCAAAAUGAGAAUGCAAGUGCAUGAUUAGCAGAUUAAUUGAAGACGCCAUGAAAUCUGCCCCCCUCUAUGCUCACCAUUUCCUUUUAUGACUGAGCCAUUUUAUUGUUUCUACCACAUAACUUGUGACUUAUUUAAAAAUAAACUUGUUUUAAAUUUUUUUUUUAAGUUUUUAUUUCAGUUAAACAACCAUCCAAAAUGCCCCCUCUUGUUGAUAUAAGAGAAACUAAGAUAGUUUGUGUGUGUAUUUACAAUAGCAAACAGCAUUUACUUCAAUGAACUUCGGCAAUCAGUAGGAUGCCCAACACUAGAGUCUAUGCAAAAACGAUUGUUGUUGGACAAAAGAGGAGCUGCUUUCAAACAUGCACUGAAGUCCUAACAGUUUCCUGAAAUUGUUCAAAUAGGCUGUGUGUGAAAACACCAGACAUUUACAGAACAUUUCCUGUGACCCCCUCCAGUCAUAUUUCUGGAAAAUGUCAAAAGUGAGGCAUUUUUCCAGACAUUUUAUGUGUCUGAAAACAGCUCAGGACUGGGUUUACUAUUAGCACUUGUACUUAAAUUAUUUUACCUGAUCUGACCACAAGAUAAAAGUCUAACAUGAUCCAAACAGCAUGACACUUUUCUCUAAAAUUGGUUAAUUUCACCCGAGGGAACCUCCCAAAGGGAUCAAUAAAGUCGUCUGUCUGUCUGUCUGUCUAAUAUGAAUGCUUAAGUUUUGUUUACAGGCUUUGUUUUUAUAAGACAUUUCAGUGUGUUUAUUGUACAAAAGGGCAGUGAUGCUCAAGAAUGUCUAUGGAAUUUCCAUGUCCUGAAAAGCACAUAGUUGAUGAAGUUUAAAGGAGAGGAGAGUGAGGCUGAAUGUGACUGAUUGUGAGACAAAGCAAUGGCAUUAGAAUGCAUUUUGAAGUAGUUAAGCUUGAAAUAUUUUAAUCUAGGGGUUAAACUGCAGUCAUUGAAAUGAUUCAAAGUGGCAGGCACAAAAAAAGAAGAGAAAACGCACAUGAUGUAAGAACCACAGCCUGUUAUGACGUAUUUUCAUUUAGCUUACGUCCAUUACUGUAAGUGCUGUGUGUCUACAGUGUCAGUGACUGCAGAAGCUACUGCAGUUUAAGUGACCACCAUAGUGCUUGUUCACUCCAGCAUUGGUUUAUUGCUUUUCUUGUUUCAGUGCUUCCCCUUAAGCAAAUGUAAUUCAUCCCCAUUCUCUUUUCUUUUGUUUUCACAAAUACUUAAAUAAACAUGAUGGCCUGAAUAUUUUCAACUGGACACUAAAACAGAUGUUUUUGUGAAAGCUAUGAGCAAAAAUUGUCCUACUGGGCUAUUCAAAUGAUUUGUUUUGCCUUUUGUAUAAAAA